AUGGGGAAUAUGUGGUAUACCUACAUCUCACAUCCAGAUACAGCUCCUAACGUUAGGAACCCUCCAACUUUCGAUCCUUUAUAUGGAUUUCCAAACGGCAGGAAAGAAAGAACCAUUAAAGCGACAAGAGAAGAAUUAGAUCGAGCUAAUAUUCCCCUGGCCCGGCGAGACUACUGUGUGGACAACUGGCUGGAAUUUCUCAAAUGUCGACAGGAUUAUUUUCCCCGGGUGAAAAAUUACUGUAGCCAUCAGCUUCAUCAGUGGGAAGAAUGCCAGCGGGAAGAUUCAAUCUUACGAAUUAAAGAAUGGGAGAGGGAAAAACGGCUAAAGGAACGAGCCAAAAGGAAAGCUUGCAGAGAGAAUCUAGAGGCUAUGGCCGAAUAG